GGCUGAGUGACAGGGCGCUGCGGCGACACUACGGGGGAGGGGAGCGGCGACAUCUCUGUAGUUGAGCAAUGCAGAAUCAUUGCCUCAGUCAGUGUGAUGAGGAAAGAGGAGGCGUCUCUGUGCUCGGGGUGAGAGGCAGACAUGGCUGCAUGGAUGGGGGGCUCGUCAGACCACCAGCAUUCACUCCUACUGGACGCUUGUGUGACUGCACCUGCUUCAUAGCCAGGUACAAUUCAAGUUCUCACAUCAUGGCUCAGAAGCUGACUCCAGAUGAUUUGUUUCAAAGACCAACACGAGAUUCAGUCUCAUCACUUGACUCAGACAAGCUGCCUACAACAGAGACUACAGGAGAGGAAUCUUCUGACAGUGAGGGCGAACAAGAGGGUAUUUCCCACAAACUCAUCCGUAAGGUGUCCACAUCAGGACAAAUUCGAAGUAAGAAAAGUGUAAAGGAAGGAAUUCUGCUGAAACAGACCAGUUCAUUUCAAAGAUGGAAGAGACGCUAUUUCAAGCUCAGAGGACGAACAUUGUACUACGCCAAGGAUUCAAAGUCUCUGAUAUUUGAUGAAGUUGACCUUUCAGAUGCCAGUGUGGCUGAGACUAGCACUAAGAACAUUAACAACAGCUUCACGGUGAUUACUCCAUUCCGCAAGCUCAUCUUGUGUGCUGAGAAUAGGAAAGAGAUGGAAGAUUGGAUUGGAGCCAUCAAAUCUGUCCAGAAGUGGGAUCUUAAUGAGACAACCCAGUUUAAUAUGGAACAUUUUUCUGGAAUGCACAACUGGUACGCCUGUUCACACGCCAGACCCACAUUCUGCAAUGUGUGCAGAGAGGCGCUGUCUGGUGUCACUUCUCAUGGACUGUCCUGUGAAGUUUGCAAGUUUAAAGCUCAUAAACGUUGUGCUGUAAGGGCCACAAAUAACUGCAAAUGGACAACGCUAGCAUCUGUGGCGAAUGACAUUAUAGAAGACGAAGAUGGGGUAACAAUGCCUCAUCAGUGGUUGGAAGGAAACUUGCCCGUCAGCGCUAAAUGCGCAGUUUGUGAUAAAACCUGUGGGAGUGUGCGGAGACUACAAGAUUGGAGGUGCUUGUGGUGCAAAGCUAUAGUGCAUAGCUCUUGUAAGGAGCAACUAGGCAAAAUGUGCCCACUUGGAGCUUGCAGAGUCUCAAUUAUCCCUCCUACGGCACUAAACAGCAUUGACUCAGAUGGUUUUUGGAAAGCUACAUCUCCUGUCUCCUGUGCAAGUCCACUGCUUGUAUUUGUAAAUUCUAAAAGUGGAGAUAACCAAGGAGUAAAGUUUCUACGCAAAUUCAAGCAAUUUUUAAAUCCAGCGCAGGUGUUUGACCUUAUGAAUGGGGGCCCACAACUGGGACUUCGCCUGUUCCAGAAGUUCUCAACAUUUCGUAUCCUCGUUUGUGGUGGAGAUGGCAGUGUGGGGUGGGUACUUUCUGAAAUUGACAAGCUGGGACUUCACAAACAGUGCCAACUUGGUGUGUUGCCACUUGGCACAGGAAAUGACUUGGCCCGAGUCCUGGGUUGGGGAAGUCUCUGUGAUGAUGAUGCCCAGCUGCUUCAAAUACUUGAAAAGCUUGAACGAGCCACUACAAAAAUGCUUGACAGGUGGAGUAUUUUAACAUAUGAAUCCCCAAAGCACUCACCACCCCCGGACAGAGAAGAUGAAAAUGGAGACCCAAGGAUUCAGAUGCAGAUUUCUCAGUAUGCCGAUUCUGUUGCAUUUCAUCUAGCUAAGAUCUUGGAAUCAGAUAAGCACUGUGAUGUCAUUUCUUCUGCUAAGUUUUUGUGCCUUUCCGUUAAUGAUUUUAUCACAGAAGUGGGAAAGGCAUAUGAGCGGGCAACUGAAAACCGUGAAGAAGCAGAUAAUAUGGCUAGAAAGUGUUCAAUGCUUAACGAAAAGCUAGAUUCACUAGUACGAGCUCUUAAUGAAGAGUCCUUGGCAUUACUGAGUCCUUCACCACGAAACCUUCACCCAGACUCUGCACUGAAGGAAAAUGGCAAAGAACUGAAUGAAAAGGAUGAUGUAGCAAAAAUGUUCCAAUCUAAAGAGCAACUCAUUUUGAGGGCCAAUAGCUUAAAGAAAGCUUUGAAGCAGAUUAUUGAGCAGGCGGAGAAGGUUGUGGAUGAGCAAAACAAACAAACUCAAGUGUUCAGCAAUACGGCAACAUCACAGAACCUAAAAGAAUGCUCAGAAGACUUCAACAAAGAGCUCGAACGCAUGGCAUCCAGACGUGGAACAGUUUCAUCGACAACUUCCUCUAUCAUUCUAGAUCGACCAUACUCAUUAAAUCAUCUUCACUUCGCUGAUGAUUCUGUACAAUUUUUAGAGAAGUGCACUAUGAAUAAUUACUUUGGGAUUGGCUUGGAUGCCAAAAUUUCUCUAGAGUUUAAUAACAAGAGAGACGAGCAUCCCAAAAAAUGCAGUAGUCGGACACGAAACAUGAUGUGGUAUGGUGUGUUAGGAACCAAAGAACUGCUGCAAAAAACCUACAAAAAUCUGGAGCAACGUGUAAAACUAGAGUGUGAUGGCAUAACCAUAUCCUUGCCCAGUCUUCAGGGUAUUGCAAUUUUAAAUAUACCUAGCUACGCUGGCGGUAUUAACUUCUGGGGAGGAACCAAAGAGGACAAUAAUUUUGGGGCACCUUCCUUCGAUGACAAAAAACUGGAAGUGGUUGCUGUCUUUGGGAGCAUCCAGAUGGCUAUGUCACGUGUAAUCAACCUGCAACACCACCGUAUUGCACAGUGCCGUGAGGUAAAGAUUACUAUUUUGGGAGAAGAAGGGGUUCCUGUACAAGUGGAUGGAGAAGCCUGGGUGCAACCUCCUGGCAUCCUAAUGAUCCAGCACAAGAACCGAGCUCAGAUGCUUACACGAGACAGGGCAUUUGAAAGCACCUUAAAAUCAUGGGAGGACAAAAGAAAAGGAGAAAACUAUAGGUCUGUGCCUCGACCGCGACUUCAUUCCCAGCAGUCAAUGGAGUACCUUACUGAAGAAGAACUUGCUCAUCUGCAGCAACUUGCAAGUUCUGCAGAGAAUCUUAUUAGCAGAAUCCGGGAUGCAGCUAAAUCGCACAAGGCUAUAGAACAAGAACUGGCUCAUGCUGUAAAUGGCAGCUUUGGGGUAUUAAAUGAUGUUUUUUCCAACAAGUUAAACAAUUCUCCUGAGUUGCUGAGCAGAAACACCGCAGUUGAUGUGGCAAUUAGUGUUAAGGCAUUGUACACUGAGACCAAAGCCUUUAUGGGAAGUAAGCAGCACUGGGAGUCUCCCCAGGAAGAAGAAGGUCUGCUCUGUGCUAUUAAUGGAGUGAGUCAAGACUUGCAGAAAUUAUCUGACAUCCAUUGGAUAACACACAUCAUUAAAUCAGCAGUGGAGGAGAACAGCGAUAAUGUGAGCGGUAAAGGAAGCUUGAAGCACAGAAUUAUUUCAAAACCAAAAAAAGAAAAAGAGAAGUGUCAUAAGCAGAAAUCCAACAGCUCAUUAACAGUGGAUAAAUGGGGUACAGAGGAAGUAGCAGCUUGGCUUGAAGUCUUGGGUUUAGGGGAAUACAAGGAGAUUUUUAUCCGCCACGACAUCCAGGGCUCAGAGCUGGUGUUGCUGGAGAGGAGGGAUCUCAAGGAUUUGGGAAUAGCCAAAGUGGGCCAUAUGAAGAGGAUCCUACAGGGCAUUAAAGACAUUACCAGUCCUGUGUAGAAAUGUUACUGUUACAUUCAAUGUUCACAUAAUUGGGGAUGAGUGAUAUUUUAUGGAGUAAUGCCAAAUUCACUGUAUUUAUUUUGGUAUAGUAUCUCUGGAAAUGUCUCAGUGUGUAGCAUUGCCUUGCGAUGCUGUUAUUAGAAGACCGAACAGCCAACUUUGGAAAUAUAACAUUGGUACCAUUAGCUUGAUCUCAGAAGAAAUGUUGUGAUGCCUAAAUGCAAGUAUUUCAGUCCUCCAUUUCCAUAAUAAUUACUUCUUAAUUGCUAACUAAUUAACUCAUCGAUACGUAUACCAUUACACAUAUUAGGCCUCUUGCACGCGACCGUAUGUAUUUUGCGGUUUGCAAAAAAAGGAUCCGCCAAAAAUACGGAUGACAUCCGUGUGCAUUCCGUUGCGGAACGGAAUAGCUGGCCCCUAAUAGAACAGUACUAUCCUUGUACAUUAUGCAGACAAUAAAAGGACAAAUUCUAUCCGUUAGCGGAACGGAUAUACGGAAACGGAAUGCACAAGGAGUUCCUUCUAUUUUUUUUGCGGAACCAUUGAAAUGAAUGGUUCCGCAUACGGACCGCAAACAAACUGGAAUGGAAACGGAAAUAAAGUACUUUUGUGUGAAAGAGGCCUUAAUGAGAGUCUAUCAAAGUGCUUUUAAUCCAUAUGCAAAUGAGCAAUUCAGGAUGGGUCAAAGCCACUCUGUGCACCCUUGUCCCUCCUGCCUCCUCUGGCGCUCCCUCAUUCUUUUUGAUUGACAGGGCCAGAAGAGAUGACCUGGUCCUGCAAAUCAAGAAGGAGAGGAUGCUGGAGGAGCAAGGGCCUUCAUUUACAUAUCUACUUUUUGUGACAAGACAAUAACAUUUUUUAAAUGAUUUAAGAAAAUAGUGCCAUCAAAAAUGUGUGAACAUUAUGGCCAAGAUUUAAUAAUGGUAAAGAUGGUGUAAGCUUAGACAGGCCGUCGAGACCUGCAUUAGAUUUAUCAUAGCGGUCCAGACUGGAUGAUAAAUCGGGUACAGGGCUAGACUCCUUUCUCAGACUCUCUGCCAACUACUGGUUGGCUUACUGUGAGAGAUUUUUACACCAGAAUUACGGCAUCUUGGAUCCAGCCCCUUUCACAAGAUGCUUAUCCCCCUUUCUAUUAAAGGGGUUAUCCCAUAAAUAAUGUAAAAAACUGAAAAUCAGACAUCAUAUAGAAAAUGACAAUCUCUUUCUAACAAAGCUAGAACCAGCCCUGUAUCUCGCAUAGAUCCAGA